CAAAUCGCUAACUGAUUAAAGCGAGAUUAUCUCCGCAGGGCGAGUAUAUAAGUCCUGUGCAGGCUACUGAUGCGUUACUAUUGUGCUGAACAAAAUGAAGAGCCUCUUUGUAUUAGCUGUGUGCGUUCUAGCCGUGCAGGCCCUCACAGAUGAGCAGAAGGAGAGACUGAAGAAGCACAAGUCGGAGUGCUUGGCUGAGACCAAGGCUGACGAGCAGCUGGUGAACAAGCUGAAGACUGGUGACUUCAAGAGUGAAAGCGAACCCCUGAAGAAGUAUGUUCUGUGCAUGCUGAUGAAGUCAGAACUGAUGACCAAGGACGGAAAAUUCAAGAAGGAUGUCGCUCUCGCUAAAGUGCCUAACGCAGCUGACAAGGCGGCAGUUGAAAAGCUGAUCGACACGUGCCUCGCCAACAAGGGUAACACACCGCAACAGACCGCAUGGAACUACGCAAAAUGCUACCAUGAGAAAGACGCUAAGCACUCCAUCUUCCAAUAACCACCAUAACUUGAGCCCCGGCAAAAUCAACAUCCAGUUUAUCAACGGUUCCAGUAACAUUGGAUAAUUUAAAAUGAAUAAACUUUAUGUGACUAUUGUAAAACACAACUGCCGAUACGAAUUAACUGUCCGUUCAUAAUAAAUUUGAUUCUGAAU